AUGGCAAUGCAAAGAGCUUCUCUAUCUAUCACUGUCAUUGAACAACUUCAGUGGAGGCAUACCCAGAGUAUUGGGAACUUGACCAGUUUGGUUCAAAUUUAUCUUGCGGCAAACAAUUUGAAAGGUACUAUACCACAUGAGAUUGGUGAUCUAUCAAAAGUACAGAUUUUAUCACUUCCAGGUGUUAAUGUUCACGGUGUUAUCCCACCCACAACCUUCAACAUGUCCUCUCUGAUAAGAAUAUCAUUAGCUAGUAAUCAGCUAUCAGGUAGCCUCCCAGUAAACAUAGGCCUUGGGGUUCCAAAUCUGAAGCAGCUUCUUGUAUCAGGGAAUAACCUCACUGGAGCAAUUCCCAACUUCAUCUCUAAUGCUUCUAACAUCAUAACCACAGACAUGGCUGCUAACUAUUUUUCGGGGUUUAUUCGUAGCAGGCUCUGUGCCUUGCCAAACCUUGAGCGCCUAAACUUAUCAGAUAAUCAAUUGAACGUUGAUACUUCUGCUCCAGAAGUAAACUUCUUCUCUUGCUUGGCCAAUCUUCGAAACUUAGGGACAUUGUUACUGGCGAAAAAUCCACUAAAUGCCCUGCUUCCCAUUUCCUUUGGUAACCUCUCUACAUCACUUCAAUAUAUAGAUUUAAGUGAAUCCAAUGUGAGGGGUGACAUUCCUUAUGAUAUUGGAAAUAUGAGUAGCCUGUCAGCCUUAUUCUGA